UCUCUUCGUCAUUUCGACAGAGCCAACAGCAAAGCCGCUAGCUAGCGCUGACGCACUACGCUUAGCCUUUGUGGCUGUCUACUACACAACGAGGUGGCUGUAAUUUUUGCAUCUUCACCAAAGCCAGAAACGUUGCUACCGUCGUCGUUGCUGUCUUCGUGAUCGUCGUGGCCGUCGUUGUCGUCACUACGUCGACGGGAAAAUAUGAAGCAGGCGCCGCGCGGCCAAAGGGAAAACACAAACGAGCAACAACAUAGCGGCAGCAAUCCCUGUGCUCUGUGCUGUACUGUGGGAAUCGUGGUCUCGAUACCGUAAAAUUUCGCAACGUUUCGCUAUUUAUUCCGCAAUCAAGUAUUUGUGAGUUUUUCCGUGUUGCGCGACGUGUGGCCUACACUGUGAGUUUAGAGUGUGUGUAGCGUGUAUGAAGGUGGGACGUAUUUAAGUUUGUAAUUACUUUCUGGCUAAAAUUUAAUGGCAAAAGAGUAGAGAAUAAAGUGGCGAAAAAAAUAAAUACUGAAAAGCGCACGAUAGGGGCGGCAUUUUAUUGCCAAUUUUCAGCCGCAGUCUACACGUAGCGGGCAAAUAUGCAAGCAGCGCCCCCGAACGCCGCCACCAAACCUUCAACCGCCUCCAUUACGACCACUAAUAAAUCGAAAAUAACAACACACCAGUUGAGAAACAAAACUUUUGUUGCAACCCCGCUAUAUCAGCCAACCCUGCAACAGCAGCAGCACCACCACCACCAACAACAAGCCAUAGUUGGUGGUUCCAGCAAAUCUAACGUCGUGCUUGACGACCCCACACGUGAGAUCGAGGAGAUCUCCAAAAAGAUUUCCGAGCACGCGGACGCGCUAUAUCAUACGUGGAAGAGUCGUGGAUUAGCACCCACCGAAUUGCUUGGUUUCUAUACGCAUGCGGCAGCUGCAGCGGCAGCGACCGACAACGUAAGUGACACAGGCGAUCUAUUUGCGGUUGCUGACGAACAAACAGCAGAGGGACUGCAGAAGUUGGUAAACACAUUUGUGCUACGGGAUAAGGAACAACGCGCCGGCAAAGCGGGUACCGGCGGCAGCACUGGCACGGGCAGACUGGGAAGUGGAGUAGUGGGCGCAGGCGUUAUUGGUGUUGGAGGAGUUGGCAGCAUUGUGGGAGCGGGCAGCACCGGCAGCGGUUUACUUGUGAAUACGCUCGAGCCUAAUAUAGACGGUGGCAAUAUGGUUGGAAAAUUAAAACAGUCGUCAACGUCAACAACGUCGACAACAAGCAAAAGAAGUCCUACCGCACAGAAGUCGCCCACGACAGCCACGUCGUCGGCGAUAUUAAUGAAAGCAGUUGAUACGCCAGGCGUCGAUGUUGUCGAUACGCUAAAAAAAAAGACGACAAAAUCCAAUGGUAAAGCGAGUGGCGCAACGUCUUCCAGUGCAGGGGCAACGCCGUCUUCCAAGUCUUCGCUCGCUCACAAGCAUGAAAAACAACCACAACACUCAAUCAUUAGCGCUGGCAGUUCAACGACGUCUAAGUCGCGAGUUUCGAGUUCGAGCGCUGCCACAAAUGCCACAACAGCAAACACAACCACCACCACUAUUGGACGCAGCAAACCACAUGUUUCCAAUUCCCCGCCGUUGGAUAUAAAUUUAACGGUUGACUUGAAUCUCGAUCUGUCGGACUUAUCAGAGCUGCAGACGCAAAACCUGCGCAAAAUUAAGGAGCUGCUGCAGGAAAAUGUACCGACAACGCCGACAGCUGCAAGCAAGGGAGCAGCGGCGAAUAGCAGCAGCAAACAGUCGAAAACCGCCAACUCACCUAAUAGUGCCGCAGCAUCCGGCGCGGAUGUCGUGGCAAAUAAUGCGAAUCACUAUCAACGCCGUGCCGAGUUGACGGCCAAGAGCGCGAAAAUUGGCGGCAAGAGUGAGGUGGUGAUGGUAGGGGCUGCCGCUGACAACAGCGGCGGAGCAAGUGUCAAUAAAGCGGCUAUCACAAGUGGUGGCAGUGGCGGCGCGGUCGGCGGCAUUGACAAUGGCGCCAUUGCUGUUGUUGCAAGUAGUAACGUUGACAAAAAUAGUAGCGCCGGUAGUGCGGGGUCCACUGCGCAAGUAACGAGCACCAAACGGAGCGCAGCAACCGCAAAAUUGAGCAAUUCGAAAUCAGCGCCGCCUGAUAAUCAAUCGAAUCAAAGUGCCAUCAGUGUCAGUGACUAUAAGCAAUCGGGCAAAGAAAGCGGCGGCAGCGGUGGCGAAAAAAGUGCACCCACAUCGACGAUAAAGAAUUCGGGUGGCACGCGGACAGCAACUGUCAGUGGCAGCAGUGGAAGCAAAGCAAUUAAAGCGCCUACCCUUAAGGACGAUAAGAACGACAGUAACAACAACAACAACAACAAUAAAAUUAGCAACACCAACAAUCAUACAAAUCACAUUCGAAGUGGCAGCAAGUCAGGCUCAAAAAAAGAUAACAAAACGGCUAACAGCAACGGAGCAGGAGCAGCAACCGCAGGCGCGGGCGGAGGAGCAGCAGGCACUACAGCUAUUGGUGGCGCCACGGGUGCGAACGGUAUGGAAGCCAUGCCUGCAACAGCAAGCGGAGCAACAACAACAACAACACCUUCGAAGUUUACCAAAACCGGGCGUCCGUUGACCAAUGGGCAGGAUAAAUAUGUCGGUCGACCGAUUUUGACGCGUGGCUCAGUUGCAGAGCGCGUGCUUAUGUUCGAGAAGUGUCCGGAUGUACGCAACUCAUUUUUGAAUAUAAAACGUCCAGAUCCAGCGGAUGCGCCACCAAAAAGUCUGCUCAAGGUCAAAUUACAUGCAACGCCACCCCCACCGCCCGAACAAAACUCUGUACAACGCGAGAUUCGGACCACCAAAACAGGUUAUAUACCCCGCUUCUAUUUUCCGCAUGGCAAACCACAACCGCAAAUCGCAGCGGAACGUACACUGCGUGGUAUUUUGUCCGCCUUCGAUUCGUUCCCGAAUAAUCAGGUGACCAAAGAUGAGUUGCCGCGCAUUUUAAAAAUCUGUGGCCUUCCCUUCUACUGGCGCAUGCCGGUAAUGAUCUUUUGUCAGCAGGGUAACUCGGGAUUGGUGGAGCGACAAAGAUUCGUGGAAUUCUGGAAACAAAUGAACGUCUAUUGCCAUGAUGCCGCCUCGCGUUUUGUCUACAUUUUAUCACGCGGUCAACGUUUUCGCCAAUACAUACUGCCCGAGGAUUUGGCGCCGCUGGUACAGGAUGUUGUCGAUACGCAUCCGGGCUUGGCGUUUCUCAAAGAGGCUACCGAGUUUCAUUCCAGAUAUGUGCAUACGGUCAUUGCGAGAAUAUUCUACUCGGUAAAUAGGUGCUGGUCCGGCAGGAUAACUAUAUCUGAGCUGAAGAAAUCCGAUUUGUUGGAGGUCCUAACGCUGCUCGAAGAGGAGGACGAUAUCAAUCAAAUUAUGGCCUUCUUUAGCUACGAACACUUCUAUGUUAUCUAUUGCAAAUUCUGGGAACUAGAUAAAGAUCACGAUCUAUUAAUUAGUCAAGAUGAUUUGGCACGCCACAGCGAUCAUGCUUUGUCCACACGCAUUGUAGAGCGAAUAUUUUCGGGUUGUGUGACGCGUAGCGAUAACAAGAAAAAUCCAGAAGACGAGCCAAAAAUGUCCUAUACCGAUUUUGUGUGGUUUCUGCUUUCCGAGGAAGAUAAGCGUACACCCACCGCAAUUGAGUAUUGGUUCCGAUGCAUGGAUGUCGAUGGUGAUGGUAUGUUGUCCAUGUACGAAUUGGAGUACUUCUAUGAGGAACAACAACAACGCAUGGAAUCGAUUGGUAUUGAAACGUUGCCAUUUGAGGACUGUUUGUGUCAGAUGCUGGACAUGAUUAAACCUGCACGUCGUGAUUGCAUUACACUGGGCGAUUUAAAGCGUUGCAGAAUGACGCAUGUCUUCUUCGACACAUUCUUCAAUUUGGAGAAAUAUUUGGACCAUGAGCAACGUGAUCCAUUUGCCUCGCAACGGGACGAAUAUUCUUCUGAUUGGGAUCGUUUUGCGGCGCAAGAGUACGAACUGCUCAUCUCUGAAGAGAACGAUUAAAUGCAUACAGAUAAGGUCCGAAGAUACAUAUCUUUCAACAAUGAAAAUAUUAAGCGCAAACUUUUUAUACAACAAAACUAAAAAAAAAAAACAAAAUGUUCAACAAGGAAGCGGCGAAUGCAGCGAUUUUUCUAGUACACAUAAAAAAAAUUUAAAAAAUAUUUACACAUAUUUUUAAUAUGCAUAAUUAUUUAUAUACAACUUAUUAGUGAGUGCCAGUAAAAUUAUUAGAAACAACCAAAGCGAUAAGGCCGAAUGAAACCUAUAUCAACACACACUAACAAACGGAAACACAUACCAAA